GAGAAGCAUAAAAAAAUUGGGUCUUGGUUAUCUUUCUCGCUUCUUCUUCUUUUUCUCUUCUUCUCUCGCAUCGAUCGAGCAUUUUUUUAAAUACCGUGAACAGAGAUCCCUGUUCGUAUGUUUCAACGAUUGUUCAGAUCUUCUUCGUCAUAUGGAGAACUUCUGUUUGUUUUCUGCGCAGAGCCAUUUCGGGUUUCUUUUCAUCUGAAUUUUAGCUAAGAAUUUCGGAUGACUUCUUCCCGUGUGCUCCACCGUUCUGAAUCUUCAAUCUUGAAUUAGGGUUUCGGCUCGGAUUGCGGGUUUGAAUCGUUGGAGAUGAUAAUCAAGCGGAGCCUGAAAUCGGUAAUGCCGAUUUUGAAGAGGUGCCGGGCUGAAGAGCCGGGCGGAGAUGAAGACGAGGGCCAUAGGAAUCGGAAGAAGAGGAAGGAGAACAGUAAAAAUGGGUAUUACCCGUUGCAUCUGCUUGGGGAAGUCGCGGCGGGUAUAAUUCCCUUUCGUGGGUAUGGUCUACAGAGGAUUCUUGCAGAGGGAGGCAAGGCCUGUGCUGAGGAGACCGUGGUGGCUUCAUGGUGUACUGAGGUUUCAUGUUGCCAGGACGAGGCUGACUUGAAAUCUAAAGUGAAAGAGAGCAUCAAUAGAGUGCAGGAGGUUGCGAGGCCUCCACUUGUGAGGACUUCCAGAGGGCGGGUGCAAGCACUGCCCUCUCGCUUCAAUGACUCUGUUCUUGACAAUUGGAAGAAAGAGAAGAGUAAGGCUACAGUAAAAGACUUGACUUUGGACCCUGAGUUCAAUCCACAUAGAGAAAAAACCAGUUUGAAGAACAACUGUAAAAUUCGUAGUGAAAUUGGAAUUAACAAGGGCCAUGAAGAUAAUCUGAACUACCAAUCCAGUAAGCGUUUGCCACUUUUAGACUAUGAAGCAGUUGAAUUUGGUGUCAACCGGGCAAAAGGCUUUGAUGUUCGGAAGUUUUCUAGUUCCCGGAGUUCACUAACACAUGGGCAUGAUCGUUGCUGGGGAGCAGAUAAGGCUCGGAAUGAUGACUUUGAGGAAUAUGCAGAGCUAAGCUGUGUUGAUGCAUUGGCUAUGUGUGAGGGAGAGAGGGCCUCUCAUAGAUUUUUGCCUGAGAACUUUAACUCUGGUGACAUAGUUUGGGCAAUAUCUGGGAAACAUUGUCCUGCUUGGCCUGCAAUUGUCCUUGAUCCAAAAACACAAGUCCCCCCACAAGUUUCAAACUUUCAAGUUGCGAGAACGGUUUGUGUAAUGUUCUUUGGUUACUCUGGAAACGGGACUCAGAGGGAUUAUGCUUGGAUUCGGCGUGGAAUGAUAUUUCCCUUUCUUGAUUAUGUGGACAGGUUUCAGGGACAGACCAGCUUGAAUGAUAGCACCCCUGAUGACCUACGGUCUGCCAUUGAGGAAGCAUUUCUAGCGGAAAGUGGCUUUAAUGAGAUGUUGAUGGUUGAAAUCAAUGCGGCUGCUGGAAAUCUUGAUUAUCUCCAGUCUAUUACCAGAGGGGCUGUUGAGGUAUCUGUUUCAAAUCAAGAUCUUGAGUGCAAUACACUAAACAAGGAUUUGUUGAUGAAAAGUGGAGAUUCCUGUGAGGCAUGUGGUUCAUAUAUGAUUCCUAAAGUGUCCAGGAAAGUAAAUGAUUUGGCUCCUGGCAGCCACCGCUUAUGCACUGCUUGUACACGGCUGAAGAAAAGUAAACAUUUUUGUGGCAUUUGCAAGAAGAUUCGUAAUCCCUCUGAUAGUGGUACAUGGGUACGCUGUGAUGGUUGCAAAGUUUGGGUGCAUGCUGAGUGUGACAAAAUUUCAAGCAGUAAUUUCAAGGAACUAGGAAACACAGAUUACUAUUGUCCUGAAUGCAAAGCGAGAUUUAAUUUUGAACUAUCUGACUCGGACAAUAUGAAUUCUAAAUCCAAAUAUAACAAAAAGGACAGCCAAGUUGUGCUGCCUGAUAAGGUUUCUGUUGUCUGUGCUGGUGUGGAUGGAAUUUAUUUUCCAAGACUUCAUCUUUUAAAGCUUGUUAUAUCAUGGUGCAUAAGCAGUUUUAAGUUGAAGUCAAUUGUUGCAGAGUUGUCUGCAAAUGUGGGUUUUGCGGAACAGAAAAGCAGGCCCUUAGUGAAUGGGCACGUCAUACAGGUUCGAAAACAAAAGAUUGGAAGACCAGUGUCAAGGUGAAAGAUUCUUUGCUACCGCUGGAGCAAUGGAUGCUACAGAUAGCAGCAUAUCACGAACGGAGUGUUAUUCCAUCCAAACCUAUUAAACGUCCACCUUUGAAAGUUCGAAGGCAGAAACUUCUCUCUUUUCUUCAAGAAAACUAUGAGCCCGUUUAUGCGAAGUGGACAACAGAAAGAUGUGCAGUAUGUCGAUGGGUUGAAGAUUGGGACUAUAACAAAAUCAUCAUUUGCAAUAGGUGUCAAAUAGCUGUGCAUCAAGAAUGCUAUGGAGCACGAAAUCUCCGUGAUUUCACAUCAUGGGUUUGUAGAGCAUGUGAGACACCUGAUAUCGAGCGGGAGUGUUGCCUUUGUCCUGUGAAAGGGGGUGCUUUAAAACCCACAGAUGUGGCUCCAUUGUGGGUUCAUGUUACUUGUGCUUGGUUUCAACCUGAAGUGUGCUUUGCUAGUGAUGAGAAAAUGGAACCAGCUGUUGGAAUCUUGAGAAUUCCUUCAAAUUCAUUUGUUAAGAUAUGUGUUGUGUGCAAGCAAAUACAUGGUUCCUGCACACAAUGUUGCAAGUGUUCCACCUAUUAUCAUGCUAUUUGUGCAUCAAGGGCAGGUUACCGCAUGGAGCUGCAUUGCAUGGAGAAAAAUGGGAAACAAGUAACAAAAAUGGUUUCAUAUUGUGCAUACCACAGGGCUCCAAAUCCCGAUACCGUUUUAAUUAUACAUACUCCAAAAGGAGUCUUCUCUGCUAGAAGCCUCGCUCAGACCAAACACACAGGUUCACGAUUAAUUGCAACAACCAGAUUGGGACUUGAGGAAAUUCCAGCUGCUGAGGGUGAUGAAAUUGAACCAUUUUCAGCAGCAAGAUGUCGUGCCUUUAAACGCCUGAGGAAUAAGACAACAGGAGAAGAAGCCAUUUUCCACCGAGUGAUGGGUCCACGUCGUCAUUCUUUUGCUAAAAUACGCAGCUUGAAUCCAAUAAAAGAAGCAGAGGAGCCUAAAACAUUCUCUACUUUUAGGGAGCGGCUUCGCCAUUUACAGAGAACAGAAAACGAUCGAGUUUGCUUUGGCCGUUCUGGGAUACACAGAUGGGGUCUUUUUGCGCGCCGAAGCAUCCCAGAAGGAGAGAUGGUUCUUGAGUAUCGUGGUGAGCAGGUCAGGCGAAGUAUUGCUGAUCUGAGGGAGACAAAAUAUCGAAUUGAGGGGAAAGACUGCUAUCUUUUUAAGAUAAGUGAAGAGGUUGUGGUGGAUGCCACUGAUAAGGGGAACAUUGCGCGCUUGAUAAAACCAUUCAUGCAUGCCAAACUGCUAUGCAAGGAUUAUGAGUGUUGGUGAUGAUGAAAGCCGGAUUGUAUUAAUAGCAAAGACGAAUGUGUCUGCUGGUGAUGAGCUAACGUAUGAUUACUUGUUUGAUCCUGAUGAAUGUGAUGAGUUCAGAGUUCCUUGCCGCUGUAAAGCUCCCAAUUGCCGAAAGUUCAUGAAUUAGCUUAACAUGGUUUCGUUUCUUCUUUCUUUUUUCUCCUCGAGAAGGAGCUCUAACCGUCUUCCUUGGCUCCCUCACGUCGUCAUAGUAACACACCAGUACAUCAUUCUGUAAUAAUUAAUCUCUUUAUUUAUUUAUUUUUUUUUUUGUCAUUUUUAGGUAGGUGGAGGGGGGAGGCUUGGUUGUUAAUAUUAUUCUCUUUUUGCGUUCUUUUUUUUGGGGCUUAUUCAAUUAUUAUAGGCUAAAAGGUUGGGUCGAGGCGUUUUGUAUAGAUCGGUUGUUUAUUGUGACUGAAUGCUAAUAUGAUCAGUUUUCACUUACAGAGAGAAUAUAGUGGACAGAAAAAAAGGCUUUGCUUGAU